CGCAACUUCAAAGGUUUUGCUAGUCAUUUCGUAAACAAAUUUAAAAUAUUUUGAAUAAUAGUAUUUGAAUUGACAACAUGGCGUUGACAAUCACAACAGAAAUGUUUGUGUACGUUUGCUUCUGCGCCAUCUUCAUCUUCGCAGUACCCCUAUUUUUCUCGCGAAGACGAUACACAUUGAUCUCGGAGCGCGCACCGUAUUUGAUAUUGUGGAUGCAGGUGCCUAUGUUUGGGCUCAUGACUAUUCUGUGUCUGUUAUACAAUGCGUGGAUCCCCAACUCAGCAGCCUAUGGUGUCACCGUUUUCAUGCUAUGUCUGCAAACGUUGUUCCUGUGCUCUGUCACUACACGCAUAGUCAAUAUAGCCAUCAAAUCAAUCCAACAGCAACACAUUACAAGUCUAUUACAUGAUGAGACGUCGUUGCUAAGAAUUCCUAGUGACAAGAAGAAUUCAGACUGCAAUCAUACCGAGCGCGUGCUUGAUAGAAGUGAUAGUGACGCGAGCGGCACAGUGCGGUAUCUGUGGUGGCAGUCAUCACUUUUUACUAAACUGGGAAGGUAUCAGAAGAAUAAGCACAUUCUAAUAAUCUAUGCGCUGAUAUGUGCACCUUGGUUUAUAACCCUGACCACCAUCCUCGCUGUGAAUGAGCCUGACGCGGGCGAUGCAGCACUUAAUGAGUCUCUGUUCUGGUACAGAGUGUCCAUUUGCGCCGCGCAAAUCAGCACAGUUAUCCUGGUGUUCCCUCUGAUAGUAGUGGACGUCUUCUUCCUGACCAUUGAGAUUAGUAUAGCAACUCUUAUUCUAUUGGGCGAUUCUGUGGUUCUCUUGGGCUGCCGAUAUGCGCCCCCCGAGCCCUCGCAAGUACUGGCAUCAAAUGCGUGUUCACACUAUGUUUACGGCUGUCUGUUCUCUGUACAUGUGCUGUCCAUCGUGGUGCCUGUGUUGUUGACACUCAUCCCCGUCAUGCGCACUCAACGUGAGCUUCUGCUGUCGAAUAGGGAGCAGGUUGAAGAUGUUGCUGGCGACAACAUUGACUCGAGUGCUGUUGGACUGAAGAGCUCGGCUGGUAUGGGUGGGCGCACGCGACCAGACACAAUCGACGAAGACGACGACAACACUGCGUAUUUUCCAGUUGACCAGCCGUUACCCGUGACCAUGGUUCUUGGAAAUAUAAUUCUGACCAGCAUGUUCUACAAGCAUCUCAGUCGUGAGUAUGCGACGGAGAACUUCCUAUUUUUGCUGACCAUCAACAGAUUUCGAUCUAGUUUCAUGACGGAGAUGUGCAUGUCAAGCAGUACGACGGACAAGAUCGCCAGUACACAGAGCACUACUGCAUCCAAUAAGAGGCGGAUGUCUCAAGGUACUACAUUAGUCUCUGAAAUGGUUGAGCAAGUAUUUGUGGAUACCUCAGUGGCGGAGGGUUCAAUCAAGCACAAGAGUAGCAAGGACAAGAUCAAGAAUAAUUUCACCAACGGGAGCGCUGGGGUACAAGGACCUCCACUGCUAAAGGUGACAGAGUCUAAGUGCUUAGGAGACACACACUCGGAUAUAAGCACAAGCGAUAUGGAACAGGUUGCAAAUGUGCAGUGUGACAGAGAAAUAACCAAGGUUGCCAACCGCAUGUACCAUCGUUUUAUCCGGUCGUCGGCUGAGUUCCAGGUCAAUCUGUCCUAUGGGUGUGUGGUCAAUAUUGAACGGUUGCUGGCGGCCGACGACUGCUUCGCAACAAUGUUUGAUGAAGCGGCACGCAGUGUGACAAAUUUAUUGGAAAAUGACUCAAUGGCCCGGUUCAAAAAACUCCACGGCAAGGCCAUUUACCGGGCACUACGGGCGAAUGGCUCUAUGGGCGGAGCCUCAGUAUAGUCCACUUAUUAGAUGUAGGUGCCGAGGACAGGAAGAACAACAACAGAUAAGAACCUGUCGAAAGCGCACUGUCGACUGCGGGGGAUGGGCCUAAUCCAUAUGCAGAUAAUGGCAAUUUAAGUGUGGCGCAAUCAGUGGCACAUGGUUCAUCUGUCACGACUGAGUUCAUAGUGUCAUAAAUAACACCCGAGGAUUUGCGCACGAGCGAAAAAAGCGCAGCAGAUCCGCACCUAUACAUACUUGCUCGGUCAACUACAGAGUAGGUCACCUACAGAGCAUAGUACAUAGAUACACUUAAACAUACAACCGAUUUAUUAUCCAGAAUGUCAUGCUGUCGGCACAAGAUUGAAGGUCAAAAUGGUACAGCACGAGAAAUAAAAAAGAAAACUUUUAGCUGUUAAAUUGUGUAAGUCGCCGUAUUUACUCGCACGAGAAAACAAUAAAAAAGAAAACCUUUA